GCUCGCCAGUUUCCACAUCUGGAUCCUUUCCAAGGCGUCGCCAGAGUUUGUGGCCGGCAUCAGCGACGCCAUCAUGGCCUCCCUUCUCCGGCUCCUGGCAGUCUCCAGCGGGGCUAUCGCUGCUUUCCUCAACGCGGAGACCGAAGCCGCAGUGCUCGCUGCCAGGGUCUCGCGCCUGCCUUCUUGCCCAGCGGUGGAGGUGGAGGAGCUGAGUUGGGAGCAGUGCGGCAGCCAGCCCUCCAUCUGGCAGCUGCACCAACUGGCGGCGGCCGCCUUUGCACAGUUCGUCCUGCGGCUGGAGCUGGAGGAGAUGAAGAAGCACUUUGUCAAGGUACUGGAAUGGGCGCGGGGCAAGCAGCCGAAGCUGCUCGAUCAGCAGAGGCUUAGAAAAGCGAAAGACCUCGAGGGCAUCGAUCCAGCAUCUGAUGCCGUAGCAGCGUGUCGCGUGAUGGCCGUCACUGCCACCAUGAGCUGCGUCGCAGACGCAGCCCCCGGAACAGCAGAAGAGCUGCUGCCACUGGGGACGAAGGACUUGUCGACAGCGCUGGUCGCCUGCCGCCGGUUCGCGCUUCAGACUGGGCAGAAGGCGCGGAAGCGUCGGAAGACCAGUGAGAAGGCGGCUGCGUCCAAGGAGGUGCUGCAGGAGCACACGUGGUGGUGGCACGACGUGGCUUGUUCCUGCUUGGACCUCCUGUCCACCGCAUGCAAACCCUCCGAAGACGCAGGUUCCGAAGCAAAGCCCUUCGCCGACGCUGCCGAGGAGCUGCGUGAUCCGGUGGCCAACCUCCUGGACAUCUUCGGAUUUCUUUCGCAGGCUGACCAUCGCAUUCUAUCCGACUCCAGCGCGACGACCUCGCUGCGGAGU